AUGUCGGGGCCGAAGGGGCUGGUGGAGCAGCAGCGUCAGUGCAAACGUGGCUACUUCAGGGAAGCCGUGAGCACCAGGAAGAUGUGUGGCAUGAGAGGGAGGAGCCCGUCGCUUGAACGUCGGACGGCACGUGAGGAGAAUGAGAAGCACGAGAAACUCCGCCUGGAGAGGGAGCAGGAGCAGAAGGUGGCCGGCAAGGCCAGCGUGCCACGGGCGAACAGUGCCAUUCCCCCGGAGGAGCCCCGGAGCGAACUGCUGCCCCAGCCUCACCAGCCCCUGCAGCACCCGGGAGCACCCCCACAGCUCGGUGCUCUGAAGUUGGCUCCAGCAGAAGACACGAAACCAAAUGAGCAGAAGAAGAGACCUGGAGGGGUUGGGACCAGGGAAGUACAUAAUAAAUUGGAGAAGAACAGACGUGCGCAUUUGAAAGAAUGCUUUGAGACAUUAAAACGCAACAUCCCCAACGUAGACGACAAGAAGACCUCAAACCUCAGCGUCCUAAGGAGUGCCUUGCGAUACAUCCAGACUUUAAAGAGAAAGGAAAAAGAAUAUGAACACGAGAUGGAGCGGCUGGCAAGAGAGAAGAUUGCUACCCAGCAGCGACUGGCAGAAUUGAAGAACGAGUUGAGCCAGUGGAUGGACAUCUUGGAGAUUGACAGAAUUAUUCGACAGACCGUUCAGCCAGAGGAUGACCAGGCAUCUACCUCGACAGCAUCAGAGGGUGAAGACAACAUGGAUGAAGACAUGGAAGAUGACAGGCCAGUGAACUCAUUACCAAAACUAACCCAGCGCCAGCACCCAGAACUCCUGAAAGCCGUCCCUUCAAACGCUGCUUCCCACCACCCGGCGGUUCUGCCUCAGCACCUGUCCAUCCAGCAGAAACAGACCCCAGCCCACGCACAGCCUCCCAUCCAGACACAAGCACUGGUCCAGCCGCAGGCGAUCGUCCCUGCACAGACUCACAUCGUGGCGGCUUCGACAGUGCAAUCGACUGUUAUUGCCCACACCGCCACUACCCAUGCUUCGGUCAUUCAGACUGUCAACCACGUGAUUCAGGGUCCACAGACCAAGCACAUUGCUCACAUUGCACCUUCCACGUCCAGCCCUGUGCAACUUACCACUGCUGCUCAGCCUAUCGGCCACAUCACUGUGCACCCCGCCACCAUCAACCACAUGGCCCACCUGGGCCAGCAGCUGCCCAUCUACCCUCAGCCCGUGGCCGUCAGCCAGCCCGUGGUGAGCCAUAUUGCUCACACGAUCUCGCACCAGCAAGUGAAUGGAACCACAAACCUUGGCCAGCAAGCGGUGAUGGCCAAGCCUGCUGUAGGAACCCAAGUUGUCCAUCACCCGCAGCUGGUUGGGCAGACGGUCCUAAACCCAGUGACUAUGGUAACCAUGCCAUCAUUCCCAGUGAGCACACUGAAGCUGGCCUAGAGGGGAUCGUCCGACGGCGAGGUCUUUGUUGGGAACCUUUCCUAAACUCCAUACAUUCCAACCACGUCUGACUUCGCGGGAGGGAAGUGCAGAAAACGCCGAGUGGCAGGAUGCCAGGCUGGGGUGUCCUCCACCCCCCCGUAACCCAGCAGCGAGAGACGGGGCCUCUCUGCACUUGAAUUUUGCUAAUCCAAGAAAACUUCAAAGACAGUUGUUCAUGGUGAUUUUUUUUCCUUUUAUGUGUAAUCAGUGAAAUAUGGAUAUGAUGUUCUUAAGACUUUAAUUUUCCCCUUUUAUGUGUUGCUUCUUUGUAGAAUAAAAAUUGCUGAUCUCUUUAUCGAGACAUUGCGUAGAAUGGGAAAAAAAAUCAUAGAAGUCUAUAUUUAUAUAUAUGUGUGUAUGUGUGUGUAUAUAUAUGUAUAUACAUAUAUAUAUAAAUAUAACAUUUGAAGAAGGCCUUUUGUAAGGUUGAUUAUUUUGCAGGAUUAUUAGACAAAAUUCAUUUUUGGAGGAAGAAGACAGAGUGUCCUCUCUAAACAAGAAAAUUUAAGAUAGAUGGUUUGGUGGACCAGGGUACAUAUACAGUGACAAAAAAAAAAAAAAACCCCACGUUAAACCACGUUAAAGGUAUUUCCCGUCAAUAUAUUACAUUUCAAAAAAAACCAUCUAAAAUCACUGUGACUUGUUAUGGCAUUUUAAGGAAAUUCUCUGUCCUGUCUAAUAAAAGGAAAAAGAAUAUCCAACUGGACUUCAUUUGUUGCAGUUUUAUAAAUGACUUAAUUUUUAUAGCUAUGUCAAAAAAAAAAAUGUUUUUUAUUAUUUUAAUGGUUGACAGUGUUUUGUUUGGAUGGUUUUUUGGGGGGGGUUGGUUUUUGUUUCGGCUUGGUUUUGCUGAUGCAAUAACUGAUUUUGCAGAUCUCUGUGCACGGCACUCCCCCUUUCAGGAUUCCUCCUGCCAGUCCCAAGCCCCCAGGUUUCUCGGGUUCGUUUUUGUUUUGCAGAGGCAGAUAUUUUGCGCUGGCAUCUUGCAAUGCGUGUAUCUGGCCUGAUAGAGCGGAACCCGGACAAGACGACCCACGGGAAUUAAGUAGAUUUGCUGCAUGGGUUACUUUUCUUUGUUAGUUUGUUCCCAAACCGACCGCGUUUUAGUGUGGGAGUCAGUGGAUUAGAAAAGGGUUAAAUGUGCAUGUGUUAUCUGCCGAAGUGCAAGCAGUUUGACAUCUUUUUUUCUUUGGGGGGGGAAAAAAAGAAAAUAAUCUAGUCUUGUAUGGGCUAACGGUAUAUUCCGGGAGAUCGGUAUGUAUAGCUUGUGUCUUACAGCGAGACGUGCACCAAAGAACAACCCCUCAUCCUGAGCCACCCUCUGGCUCGUCCUGCCCGGUGUCAGGUCAGCCCUCGCUGCGGGCAGUGGCAAGCCCCCGCCAGAGGGGGGACGUUGUUGGGCUCGGCGGGGACUUGCCCGCCUGCCUGGGAGGUUGCUUAGGACGUGUUUCAUUGCUGAGUGUUCUGGUCCUUGCAGCGUUUUGUGCGUAGUACUGCUAUUAAUGAUCUCUUUUCUGUCUUCCUCUCUUUUUAAAAACAAAUGUUGGGCAGUCAUUAAUGCAGGGAAAAUUCCUGUUGUAGCCCGUGGACGUUGCCCUU